GCAGGAUUGCAAUUUCGUUCAUUACCAGUACUAAUUACAUGUUAUACACAUUGUUGCAACUCAUUCGUGUUUGUGCUUCUACCCAGUCUUUCUCUUUUGUUCCCUCGCCAUGAUCUCAUACACGGACCCGUACAUGUCAUACAUGACUUGGUCAGCCCGAAGCUUUUCAAACCCGUCGCGCGUCAACGUGCCGUCGGCGCCGGUUUUGCCCAGAAACUUGUCAAACGAUAGGUCAAACACCGCCAUAAACUCACUCGGCGCCAUCUCCGAGAUGUGCUCCAACGACACGGCCAGCUGGCUCGCGAUGGCAAUUCGAAUCAGGUGGUCCAUCACGGCACGGCCUCGGUCGAGCAGCGUCCGCGAGUUGACGUCACUCACGUCCACCGACGUGAGAAACCGAAACGGGCCGAUCUGGUUGACUGCGUCCCCUCGGAACCAGUAGCACCACAUGGUCUUGCACGUGCUCGCGGGGCACCGCCAAUUCUCGGGCGCGCGUCGCUUCUGGCCAUCCGUCCAUUCAAACAGACCCGUGUCGCUACAAAAGCGGCUGGUUUUGGUCGAGUCUUCCACGUUCGUAUGCACGGACGUGGCUGGUGGCAGGUCGUCGGUGCUGCUGUCCUGUGGCGCGAUGGAAGUGUGUUGCAACUCCGUCGAAGCCCGCUGGGCGUGUUGCUCGUUGGUCAAGUGAUCAACGCUGCCAUGAGCGAAGGCGGGGCAGGCAGAGGUACCACCAUGUUGAUUCGGGGGAGGGGGGGGGGUGAGAUGUGGUACGGCGGCCCAUCGCGGGGGCUUGUGCUGGUUGGGGGUAUCCAACGGCGGUCGUUCCACAAGUGUUGGAAGGGGAGGGUAUACUUGUGAUGCCCCAGGAGCAGCAGCAUUGUGUUUGGUCGACGGUGACGGGGGCAGUGGAGGCGACAGCGCAAGGCCGCUGGGCCCCACGGCGCCAUGUGGUUGGCGGAGGUGGGCCAAUCGAAAGCCCGCUUGCAGUCGCAACGCUUCAAACUCUGCUCUAGUCGGCGGCGGUGGGAAGCGGUGCAUGGAGGACGAUGGAAACGGACCUGUCGGACCUGUCUUGACCGGACUGGAGAUGGCCGAUGUGUUGGCAGUCGUCAAUCCACUCGACGGAGGUCUUCCGUGGCUGCUGGCGGAUGGCUCCAAAGCCCCGCCGGCAGUCGCACCCUCCAACGUCGUGCCGUUCUCAACAGGCAGAUAGCGGCGCCGCCCCGGACUCGUCGGGAGCCACUCCAUUUCUGACGCGUCGGAAAGGUCCAUGUCCUCGUGGCCUGCAGCUGCUUGCUGGGCGACUGUAAUGGAGGUCGACACGGUCGGAUCGGCGUCUGGGAGCUGGUGCCGCGUCGUCACCGAUCGGGUGGCUAUACCGUCGGGAGGCGUCGUCGUGCUCGACGGGCCUUUGUACGGCUCCUCGAUCUCGUCCACCUUUCGCGGCCGCCCGCGCUUUUUCUUGGGCCGACCCACUUGCCGAGGCACCACGUCGUCGAGGCUUUGGCUCUGCGUUUCUCCCUCCUCUGCCUUGAUAGGUUUCACGAGCGGACUUGGAAUGUCUGACGACGAGUUGUGGGCGCCAAAAAUGUCUUCAAACAGGUCCGACGGGGUGUCCAGAAUCGUCGGGGCUUUGGGAGGAGGUACCAGUGCGGCCUCGUUGUUGACUUCUUUGUCGGCGGUUUUCUGUCGCUUCGACAGGCUGCAUUCAUCGUCGUCAUUUGCAGGUUGGUCAGUCGUCACGUUGCUUGUCUCAACGCCUCCGGUAUCUAUCAACACUGGCGACGUACGGCCCAACGACGUUCGCUUGGGCCGCCCCGCCCCCCCCCGCCGCCCCCCAACCAGGGGCAUCGACGUAUCCUCUGGACCUGCAGCUGUCCACCCUUUCGGUCGACCGGGGGGGUUCUUUCGAGAGGCCAAAUCGGAUGGACCUCCGAUUUUCUUGGGUCGCCCUCGCCGCUUGAUGGGAACCUCCCCACGAGGACUUGCAUUGCUGUCAGCGUUUUGAGGCCGAGGGACGUCGUCCAGGUGCGUCCGCCACGACUGAGCAUGAUGCUUGGAAGCUGGCGACACGGCCAACCCGUUGUCGUCCGGUUCCGUCCGUGCGACAUCUGAUGGUGUCUGGCGGGCCGUCGACUCGUUUGUUCGUCCUUCGAGCAGCAGCAGCCGCGCCGCCUUUUCCUGCUUCCAGCCUUUUUUGGGCCCACGUUUUUUCUUCACCACUGGGUUGUCGUACGAAGUGGUUCUCGACGCGGCCGGGAUCGUCGUAGACGGAGACAACAUAGCGCGAGGGGUCGUAGGCUCGGGCCGUGGCGGCGACGCUAUCAAUUCCAGGUAAUCCUCUUCGGAAAUGUGAAUGUCGAGUGUCUUUUGCACUUCGCUGAAAGGAGGGUGAAUUGUCGCGGGUUUCUCGGGGGCUGGUGGCUCCUGCUGGUCCGUCGAGGUCUUUGGAUCAGCAACGUGCAAAGACACUGCAGAGUUGCGCGGAACAUCAACAGAAGCAGGGUGGUUGAACAUGGCUUGCCGAGGGGCUCGUCGAGGAGAAGAAAGGGAACGGUGGGCUUGAUGGUCUAAGUUAUUGAAUGCGGUGAUGGAGGCUGCUCGUGGCGAUGACGGGGAUGUAGCACUCAUUGGGACGGCAAUAUGGUGCAAAAAUGAUGUUGUGGGCCCAUCGCGAUGGUCUCGGAAGCGGUCGUGAUGGAGCGGAUUCGCGCCGUGGGAAUUGGGGCGAGGGAUAUCACCCGAGGUUAUAAAUCGAGUGCUUUGGGGCAGUUGCUGUUUGGAUUGAGACGACAGGAUAGACGAAGGUAGAAUCGUUACAAGUGCCUGUGGUGGGUCCGCGCGUGACCGCUUCGCCACAUCCAACGUUUUCAACGGCACGUCCCUUUCACGCGCAAGCGUUGAGCUUGGACCUCCGCUAGGGGAUGAUGGAAGAUUCAAGCCGUUCCUUGUGUGCAAUAGCGCUGUCGUCAAUGUGCGCAUCGCUAGCGUCAGCUCCGUGCUGCUAGUGUCCGGGGGUCCAGGAGUCCCCUUUCCUGCUGCUGAUUCGACACCACCGGCCGCAGCUACUGGCUUCCCGUCCAAAACACGCGACACGCCAAACGACAAUCGGUCCACGCGCGUCUCGAUGCCUUCCAAGCGCUGGCGGAUGAGGUACAAUGUCUCGUCCACGACGGCCUCCCGUGCCAUGGCUUGUCGGGAGAUGGCGAGGCAGAUGCGGUCCGGAAGGCUAUCCAUUUGCCUCUCCAGUGCAUCCAUACGCCGAUGCAGCAGAUCCGCACUCGACGUAGCGCCGCCGGGGUCCGUAGGUCGCAGCCCCGGCCUUUCUUCGUUUGUUGCUUCCAUCGAACAGGGUGCG